AUGACACUUGUCGAGUCAUCUCCGGCAUCGCAAUGCCCGUCCGAAUCGAGCCCACGUCGCGAGCAGCAAUCAUCGUCGCCCGUCGAAGCGGCGGCGUCAUCAACGGCGCCACAACCAUCAUCGCCGCCGCCGCCACCGUGCGCUGGAUGUGUUCAGCUUCAUCAAGAUAUCAAACAGAAUGUCCAACAAAUGAUUGAUAAGUUUGACUUGCUCUACAUGCGAAUGGAGAGUCUUCUCGCUGAGAAAGAAAAAGAGCGCAUGGAUCGUAUGAGCGAGAGUGGAAGCGAGGAGAAGGAGGCAUCAUCGCCGUCGGGAAGCCGCGGAUCGCCGUCAUUGAUCAAUGGAAAAUCGGGAAGUGGUAGUCGAAAACGCAAACCGACGAAAGAAUCGAUUAGUCGCGUCGGAGCGCUUCUGGAGAACGGGCUCAUCAUUGAGAACGGUGACGAGCGCGCCGCGAAUCGUCAAAUCUCGACGCCCGUCUCGGCGAGCUCGCCGUUCCCCGAUUUCGGAUUCACGAACGGUUUCAUAUUCGAUCCGAUGGCGCAGCAACAACAACAACAAAUGAUGAGCAUUAUCGCCAUGGUUCAGCAGCAACAGCAGCAGCAACAACAACAACAGCAAACGAUUUCAGCCGAGCAAACGCCGGCGAAAAUGGCGAAGAGCUCGGUGGAAGAGACGAUUCGCGUGAAACAGGAGCCGAUUGAGGUGGCGGCUGCGGCGGCGACGGCGGUCACCACCGAAAGCUCGCAGAGUAUAAUGGAGCAGCUCACCGCGCAUUUGAAUGGGGUAGUGUCGCGUUGCUCGAAUUGCAUGACGACCCGAACGACGGCGUGGCGUCGCGAUCUCACCGGCAAGCUUGUGUGCAACGCGUGCGGCCUCUAUUAUCGUCUCCAUCGGACCCACCGACCUGUCCAUAUGCGCAAGGACUUUAUUCAGCAGCGAUUCCGUCGAAAAGUCAAGGAUGAUGAUGUAAGUACCGCCAAUCAAUCGGCGAUGAUCACCCAAUUGUUGAAUUUGAAUCCGAUGGCUGCUGGCGGCGCGGCGAAUCCGUUCAAUUUUCUGGAGCACAUCAAUCAGAUGAGUCAAGCGCAGGAGCAAUUGAAUAGCAGUGCCCCGGUUUAA